CGGCAACGUUGCCUUUAAUUGUCACUUUAUUUAACCAUAGAAUUUUCUGCAACUGUGUAGUUUCUGUGUUAAAACAGCAUUUAACUGCAAAAAAAUGGCUCUCCCAGGACCUUUGAGAACGAUUGGUAAAAAACAAAUCGAAAUCAUGAGUCGCUGGAUCGGCACAAGCAUGGCUUUUGGGGCUACAGCUGGACUAGGAGUAUGCUACGCAACCGACUGGAAACUGGUCUUGCAAUACCUUCCUUAUUACAAUGGUAAAUUUGUUACCGAAGAAUAAAAAAUUAGUUAAAUAUGUAGUUAAUAUUUAAAUGAUGCCAUUGUCCAUUUCUGUUUUGUUUAUAGGUUAAAUAAAUGUGUAUAAAGUA